AUGACAAAGGAGGACAGAGCCCCUUAUAACUUCAGCAAACUGAAGGGCAAAUUGAGAGGCUGGGCGUCAAGGAACAACAACAAUACUCGAGCAUCUACUUCUACCCGACCCAAUAACCCUAAGAAGGUACACUAUACCGACAGCAUAGAGGUGUACCAGCCUGAGGAUGACGACAGAAGCAAGGCUGAGACCCUUGCGGAUGAAGAUAAAGAUGACCCUAUCUUCAAUGAUAUCAUCCAGAGAAUACUAGAUGAUGAGGAUGACCAAUAG